GCCGCCGGGUGGAGGGGUGCGCGCGCGCGUUGAGGCGGCGCAGGGAUCGCCGGUCCUGUUCCUGACGGGAGGCGGUGGCGUGAGCGGCUGAGGUGGCACAGCUGGGAUGUCGCGCACGUUGCAGCUUUGUCGGUUCCAUUCAGUGUUGCUGCAGAGCAGGCAGCUGCCCUGGCUGUCCCCAGCUGUAUUCUUCAGGAAAAACUUGACAGCGGGACCUGCAAGCUCAUUACCUGCAAGCCGCACAGUUCCCAGACCCCUAUGGAAGAAGGCAGUUUCCGUCAUGGUGGUCGGUGUGCCCCUGCUGUUUGGGUUCCGCUACGCCGUUGCCAACAAACGAGAAAAGAGGAAGAUGAGGCUUUUGGUAGAUGGCAUCGGACGAUUUGGCAGGUCUCUCAAAGUGGGCAUGCAGAUCUCCAUGGAUUACUGGUGGUGCACAAAUGUGGUUCUCCAAGGGGUGGACGAGAACAGCCCUGGCUACAUGGAGGUGAUGUCAGCGUGUCACCAGCGAGCGGCUGAUGCUCUGGUAGCUGGAGCCAUCCUCAAUGGAGGUCUCUAUGUGAAGCUGGGCCAGGGACUCUGCUCCUUUAACCACCUGCUACCCCCUGAAUACAUCACCACCCUUCGCCUACUGGAGGACAAAGCCCUCACUCGGGGAUACAAAGAGGUGGAUGAGCUGUUCCUGGAGGAUUUCCAGGCUCCAGCCAGUGAGGUGUUCCAGGAAUUUGACUACGAGCCUGUAGCAGCAGCCAGCCUGGCCCAGGUGCACAAAGCAAAGUUGAAGGAUGGCACAGAGGUGGCUGUGAAGGUGCAGUACAUUGACCUAAGGGACAGGUUUGACGGGGACAUCUACACCCUUGAGCUCCUGCUGCAGAUCAUCGAGUUCAUGCAUCCCAGCUUUGGCUUCAGCUGGGUCCUCAAGGACCUGAAAGGGACCUUGGCCCAGGAACUAGACUUUGAGAACGAGGCUCGGAACUCAGAGCGCUGUGCCAACGACCUGAAGCACUUUCGCUAUGUAGUGGUGCCUCGUGUUUACUGGGACAAGUCCAGCAAGAGAGUGCUGACUGCUGACUUCUGUAAUGGCUGUAAGGUCAACAAUGUGGAAGAGAUCCAGAAACAGGGGCUCAGUUUAAGCGACACGUCGUCUAAAUUGAUCCGAGUGUUUGCUGAACAGAUCUUUUACACGGGCUUCAUCCACUCAGACCCCCACCCUGGAAAUGUACUGGUACGGAAAGGCUCGGAUGGGCAGGCAGAAUUGGUGUUGCUGGAUCAUGGCCUGUACCAGUUCCUGAAUGAGAAGGACCGCUUGGCCUUGUGCCAACUGUGGCGGGCCAUUAUCUUGCGGGAUGAUGCAGCCAUGAAGAAGCAUUCUGCUGAGCUUGGUGUUGAAGACUAUUUCCUGUUCAGUGAGAUGCUAAUGCAACGACCAAUUCACAUGAAGCAGCUGUGGAAUUCUGGCAUGCUGAGCCAUGCGGAGACAGCCUACAUGCAGGAAAUGGCCAAAGAACACUUUGCCCGAAUCAUGGAGGUGCUGAAGGCCUUGCCCCGCUCCAUGCUGCUUGUCCUGCGCAACAUCAACACCGUCCGCUCCAUCACCAUGACCCUGAAGGCCCCCGUGGACCGGUACUUCCUCAUGGCUAAGAGUGCUGUAAGGAGCUGGAGCCGGCUGGUGGGAGAGCAGACUCAAGGUACCUUCUACCGACGACUUCUGAAUUGGGUCAAGGUCACAUGGGAGAGCUUCAAGUUUGAAAUGGUCCUCAGGUUGGAGAUGUUAUCCAUGCACCUAACCUCCAUGAUCAUCAAAUUCCUGGUUUACCUGGGUGUCAUGCCUGAGCCUGAGGAAAUACUCAAGGAAAUGGAGCCCUAGGUCUGGGUGGCCCUGUCAUACCCACCCUCAGCUGCACAAAUUCACCUCCUUCAACAAAGAGAGGAGGAGCAGGCAUCAGCCACCAGGGCAGCAAGACCCACAGGAGUCAAAUGGCCAAGAAUACAGAGAUGACAGACAAGUUGUCUUGCUUGCUCAGACUAAGGCCGAGGAGGCCCCUUGGGACACAGAAUAAAGGAGUGGAUGCCUCCAACUGCAGCUUCCUUGGUUAUGGGGUGCUAGGAGCAGAGUCUUCAGUGAUAGGAAGGCCCCUCUUCAUCCCAUGGCAGCUUCUUCACAGAAAAUAAGUAAAACUCUAAUACUCAUCUCCACACCCUUUUAGUUUCCUUAAAACAAAACCUUGUUUUAUCCAAAAGUGUGUAUUUGGGACAGGGGCAACUAGAAAUGAGCUGUAACACGGUCAAUCUCCAAUAGGUCAUCCAGAAUCUGGAAGGACAGAGACAGAGGAUUGGGUAAGGGUAAGGCACAGGCAGAUACAUAUAUAUAUAUAUAUGACAAUAAAUUGAGACUCUGGUUAAGGUGCUUACAA